AUGAAUUUCUUCCGCUCGAAACCAACUCAGCCAGCGAAAGUUGUUUCAGACCAUGUUAUACCACUUCGUGCGUGGGACACGGCUUUGGCCAUGAAGGGGACCGUUUUGGAUGCCACGUUGGUCUUCCAAGACAUCCUGGACGUGUCAACCCUUCGUGAAGGUUUGGUGAAGCUGUAUUCAACGGGCAACUGGAGACAACUUGGCGCUCGACUUCGUUCAGACGAGUCCGGAGCAUUGGAGUAUCAUAUUCCACAGUCCUAUGAUGAUGUUCGGCCCGCUUUUAUUUUUACAAAUGCUCAACAUGAAGUCCCAGUUGAGUCUUGUCCAUCGGCAGCUGCUUUCCUGAAGACCCCGAACAACCCGACAAUAUUGCCUUCUCCAGCCACCUUGAAUGGUCUCUCCCGCGGCGAAAAUGCCCCGACGAAACUGGAGGAUUGGAUAUACGCUGAUCAUCCACAACUAUUUAUUCACACAGCCACAUUUCUUGACGCGACAAUCGUGACAGUAACGUUUCCACACACCCUAACAGACGUCAUGGGAAUCGGGAUUUUCAUGAAAGCUUGGUCGGCAAUGGUUCAGGGGAAUCUUGGUGCUGUGCCAGCUCUAGAAAGCUUUGAGUCUGACCCCUUGACGCAGCUUGGGCAAAAGACACCGGCCAAAAAGUAUCGAUAUUAUGACAAAGUUCUCAACAAAUCCCAACUUCUAAUGUUCGUCGGUCGACGGCUCAUCGACUCAUUCUGGUACCGGCAGGAGGAAAGGCGCACCAUCUUCCUCUCCGCUGACAGCGUGAGAAAGCUGCGUGAGCAGGCCCUUCAGGAAUUAUCGGAUUCUGGUCAGCACGGAUGCGCCGAAUUCAAGAGGUUCGUCAGUGAGAGUGACGUUCUUCUGGCGUGGUGGGGGCGUAUGCUAUACACUGUUCUCAGCUUACCUCCAAGUCAACGUAUCAUGAUCCAUAAUGCGUUGAACCUACGUACUUCCUUGCACGACUCUUUUAGUGCGCCUGAAAAUGUCUAUUUAGGCAACUGCGUCUGCAUGUCCCCAAUAUUUGUGGAUGGGCAGCAGCUCGAAACCGAGUCUUUAGGAAGCAUUGCUUGGCGGAAUCGGCAAUCAGUCGCCGAGCAACAAACACCCGAGCAGGUGGAGGCAAUUACAGCGCUCUUGAAAGAGACGAUGGAGAAAUCAGGGUACCUUGCCCUGGUUGGAGAGCCUGGAAUGGCCAUGUUUUCGUCUUCAAAUUGGCAUCGAGCGGGGCUGUAUGGGGUAGACUUUUCUUCCGCUAGCCCGUCCGACCGGAUGAGCAGCAUUGGGAAACCGACAUACGUCAACGGAGUCCUUCAUUCACAUCUUUCGUUCAGGAACACCUUUGCAGUGACAGGUAGAGAUGCUGGGGGAAACUGGUGGCUCAAUGGGGUUCUGCGGACUGAUGCGUGGGAGGGUGUUGAGCGUGCACUCAAGUCACUUGGUUAA